GAUGUCCUCGGUGGAGGUUUGUAGCUAACUCAGCUCCAGUCUCUGAAACGACCUGACCCCAGUGUUGUUGAGGAUGUGUUGGUGAGCGUUGAGAACCACUGCUCAAAUUGAAGAAGAUUCUGUUCGGUGUAACAGAUGGAUACUUCGUGUCUGUAAACAAAAGGGCAAGCUGAAUUUGCGAGCAGCUAGUGGCGAUUUGAGAGGAUUCAGUUUAUGGGAUUUGGAAGCGACGCUGUUUUGUAUCAAUCCGACGGAGCCGAGGAAGGGGGGCGAAGGCUGAGGUAAAGGAACGUUUUGGUGGAACUCUCUGAACAUCCUUUCGUACUGAACUGCUCCAUCAAACAGAAAAAGCAUUUUUGGAAGGAUCUGUGCUCCUGCUGUGAGGGAUUGAGAAGAUCUGCCAAAGAUACUUGUGAUUUAUUUUACAUAGCAACUUGGAGGCAUCAUGAGCUCCAUAAAAUGUGUUCUUGUGGGUGAUGUAAAGGUGGGGAAAACAGCAUUGCUGGUGAGGUUUACAUCAGAGACUUUCCCAGAUAUGUACAAGCCCACAGUUUAUGACAAUACAGGAGUAGAUGUGUUUAUGGAUGGAAAACAGAUCAGCCUGGGACUCUGGGACACAUCAGGAAAUGAUUCAUUUCAAGGAAUUCGACCACUUUCUUACCAACAAGCUGACGUGGUGCUAAUUUGCUACUCUGUAGCAAACCCUAUGUCUUACUUGAAUGUUAAAAAUAAGUGGAUGCCAGAAGUCAGAAAUUUUUUGCCAAAAGUUCCAGUAUUGGUCGUUGCUACACAAAUAGACCAGCGUGACGCAGGCACUUUUCGCACCAUCACACCUGUUGAUGGGAAGAGGCUGACAAGAGAUAUUGGAGCAAGAGGUUACCUGGAGUGCUCAGCAAUUUCUAACAGAGGAGUACAAGAAGUUUUUGAAUGUGGAGUGAGGACAGCUGUCAGAUACUUAAAAAAACAAACCAGGAAGAAGAUCAUUGACCUCAAUAAAUGUGUGAUAGCCUGACUUCCAUUAGGCUGGUAUAAUUUGAAAUAACUGUAACUUUUCAAUUUGUCAACAAAUACUAAAGGUGCUGUCAUCUAAACGGCUUUCAACCUGACUGUGUUGACCAUACAAUAUGGGUACGAGUUGGCCUUGUCAACUGAUGCUACUGUAUCUAUAUCAGUCAUACUGAUUCAUUUCUACUGAAGUAAUGGAUCCCAGUCGGGAACGCUAACUGGAAAACUGAGGAGGACAAACUGAUUUCAGCAUUGACUGUCAUGAACUUUUAGGAGUUCAAAAUAUAGUGCUGUUUAACCAUUAUAGAAAGAUGGCUGACAUUCUUGUUUUUGUGUAUUUAAUUUGAAUUGAGUGCCACCAUCUUGCAAGUUAUUUUAAAAACGACAUAUGAAAUAAAACUGUAACUUUGCACUCGCUGGUAAAGUACAUCAAUCUCAGAGAUCCAAGUAGGAGUACAUCGCCAGUACUCACUUCUGAUGUCUAUAAUAUUUAAUAAUUUUAUACUUAUUUCCAUACUCAUUUCACUGAUCUCUGAUGAGAAGCAUGUAGAAGUAUUAUGCUA